AUGAACUUAGAAAAACAUGCAAAAGCACUUCUUGAGUAUCCAUAAAGUUCUGAUGAUGAUGAUUAUCCCAAUUAUAAAAUGAAAGCUUUAAAAUAUAGAAAAGAUUUUCAUGAAUCAAACGACUAAAUUUAAAAACUUAAGCUUGAAAACUAUGACAAUAAAUAAAUGAUAUCUGAGUUAUUAGGGGACUUAGAAAAUCACAGAAAAAAAAUAAUGAUAUUAGAAUAAGAAUUAUUGAAUUAAAAAUAAUUAACGUAGGAUUCAUGUGAGUAAUUAAGAAGAGUCAAAUAGUAGAAAUAGGAAGAUAGGUUGUUAAUGGAAUAAAAAUAAUUUUAGGAAAAACUAACUGUGCAAACCAAUAAUGCAAUUGAAAAAUUAAGAUAGCAUUUUGAUUAAACCCUAUCAUAAUUUACCCCCAAACUUGAUAAUAGAUGA